GAUCACGUAAAAACCGGACCCGUGGCAGCUCUCACGUUUCUCUCUGCCCCGUGGACGCGCGUUCGACGCACAGAGGGCACGUCAUUCGUGCACCGUGGAAACAAAUGGAGACCGCUCGUGUCUCCAGUGUCGCGGAAAUUAAUAUUAAUUAAUACCGUAGCUAGCAAUAACGUUAAAUGAGUGCGCGAUAGAGUUUGACGGACGUUUCGUGUAUUUAAUUUAGAAUAAUAUAACAGGUCCGGAGUCGAAUAUGGUGCGGAAUAGCGACAAGGACAGACACCACCGGCGGAGGUCGAGGUCGAGGUCGAGAUCGAGAUCGGGCGAGCCCGAGAAGAAGCGACGGCGGUCCAGGAGCAGGGAGCGCGAGAGGGAGAGAGACAAGGGGCGACAUCGCGAGCGACGGAGUCGUUCGCGGGACAGAGACAGGGAGCGGGGCGACAGAAGGGAGCGCUCCGAGAGGGACAGGGAUCGCGAGAGAAAACGUGGAGACAGUAAAGAAAAGCGUCUUACAGGCUCGAAAUCCUCGCGCUCCGGCAAAGAACGGUCGAACAGGUCUCGCUCGCGCGACAGAAAGGAUAAAGAGAAGGGGGACAAUGAGGAAUUGCCGUUCGAUCACACCAAGUUGGACAAGGAGGAAGAGCAGAAAAGGCUGGAGUUGGAAAUGCAAAAGAGAAGGGAGAGGAUAGAGAGAUGGCGUGCGGAAAGGAAGAAGAAAGAGCUGGAAGCGACCAAGAAAGACGGUAAGACAUCUAUUUUGGCAAAUCUUCAGCUACCCAUGAAAAAGUGGUCCCUUGAGGAUGAUAGUGACGAAGAGACUCCUGUGGUACAGAAUAACAAGGAGGCAAAAGAAGAAGGUGUAAGGGAAGAAAUUGAGGAAGUGAUGGAAGAGGUGAAAGAUGAAGAGGAGGAGAUUGAUCCGCUUGAUGCUUUUAUGGCCGAGGUGCAGGAAGAAGUGAGGAAAGUGAAUAAAUUUGAUAACAAGGCUCCAAAAAGUGCCAACAAUGGCACGAAUUCUGCAUCGCAGAGUGGCGGCGUGGUCAUUAUGACCGGAGUGGCAAAGAAAAAGGUGCAGAAACAAAAGGGGGAAUUGAUUGAGCAAAAUCAAGACGGACUGGAGUAUUCCAGCGAGGAGGAGGGCGAGAAUCUUCACGAGACCGCGGCUGGCAUUGCGAACAAACAGAAGCGGGAAUUAGCCAAGGUUGAUCAUGCCACUACAGAUUAUCAGCCGUUCCGAAAGUCCUUCUACGUCGAAGUGCCUGAGAUUGCGAGAAUGACGUCAGAAGAAGUAGAGGCAUACAAGGAGGAAUUAGAAGGCAUUCGCGUGAAAGGUAAAGGUUGCCCGAAGCCCAUCAAGUCCUGGGCGCAGUGCGGCGUGACCAAGAAGGAAUUGGAAGUAUUAAAGAAACUCGGUUACGAGAAACCGACGCCCAUUCAAUGCCAGGCGAUCCCGGCGAUCAUGUCUGGCCGCGAUCUCAUAGGCAUCGCGAAAACCGGUAGCGGAAAAACGCUUGCCUUUCUCUUACCGAUGUUUCGUCACAUACUCGACCAACCACCGUUGGCAGACGGUGACGGACCGAUUGCGUUGAUCAUGACCCCAACUAGGGAACUGUGCAUGCAAAUCGGUAGGGAUUCGAAAAAAUUCACCAAGUCACUGGGCUUGUCGCACGUGUGCGUUUACGGCGGUACCGGUAUUUCCGAGCAAAUAGCAGAACUUAAGAGAGGGGCGGAGAUCAUUGUGUGCACACCGGGAAGGAUGAUCGACAUGCUCGCGGCUAAUAGCGGGCGAGUAACGAACUUACGCCGGGUGACGUACGUGGUGCUUGACGAAGCCGACAGGAUGUUCGACAUGGGCUUCGAGCCGCAGGUGAUGCGUAUUAUGGAGAAUGUCAGGCCGGAUAGACAGACGGUGCUGUUUAGCGCAACGUUUCCGCGACAAAUGGAGGCGCUAGCCAGGAGAAUACUCACGAGACCGGUCGAGGUCCAGGUCGGCGGACGUUCCGUCGUUUGCAAGGAUGUGGAGCAACAUGUUGUUGUACUCGAGGAAGAUCAGAAGUUCUACAAGUUGCUUGAAAUCCUUGGACAUUAUCAAGACAAAGGCUCCACCAUUAUAUUCGUAGACAAGCAAGAGAACGCGGACACGUUGCUUAAGGAUCUUAUGAAGGCUUCGUAUUCCUGCAUGUCCCUUCACGGCGGUAUAGACCAAUGCGACCGAGAUUCAACUAUAUUGGACUUCAAGGCGGGACGAACAAAGUUGCUCGUGGCCACGUCCGUCGCCGCUAGGGGCUUGGACGUAAAGCACUUGGUGUUAGUCAUCAAUUACGAUUGUCCCAACCACUACGAAGAUUACGUGCACAGAUGUGGUAGAACUGGUCGAGCCGGAAAUAAAGGAUACGCGUACACCUUUAUUACAUCGGAACAAGAACGUUACGCCGGCGAUAUUUUACGUGCGUACGAGUUAGCGGGCGUACCCGUUCCAGAGCCUUUGCGCCAAUUAUGGGAAGGUUACAAAGCCCGUCAAGCCGCGGACGGAAAGAAGGUUCAUACCGGAGGUGGUUUCAGUGGCAAAGGAUUUAAGUUCGACGAAUCGGAGGCUGCCUUGGCGAACGAGAAAAAGAAAUUCCAGAAAGCAGCCUUGGGACUGCAGGAUUCUGACGAUGAGGACAUAGAAAACGAUAUCGAUCAACAGAUCGAGAGUAUGCUGGCACCUAAGCGAACCGUUCGUGAAAUAGCCAAACCGACCGCGACCAGUAUUACGGUGCCCGGUCAACCGAUACCUAGUGCUACUGAUAAGCUCGAAUUGGCCAGACGAUUGGCGUCGAGAAUAAACAUUGCAAAGAAUCUGGGCGCCGAGGCGAAAGGCGCAACUCAACAAGCAGCGGAAGCUAUACUCAAGGGUGCAGGACCAACAAAUCUGAUUACGGCAAAGACAGUCGCGGAACAAUUGGCCGCGAAGCUGAACACCAAAUUGAAUUAUCAGCCGCGCGAGGAAGAUCUCGUGGAGAGCGACGUAGAGACGGGCGAGCAAACAUUCCGCAAGUACGAAGAGGAACUCGAGAUCAACGACUUCCCGCAACAAGCGAGAUGGCGCGUCACGAGCAAGGAGGCUCUUGCCCAGAUCUCGGAAUAUUCCGAGGCGGGUCUGACAGUGAGAGGAACGUAUAUCGCGCCUGGGAAAACGCCACCGGAAGGCGAAAGGAAGUUAUACCUGGCAAUAGAGUCGACGAGCGAGUUGGCAGUCAGCAAGGCCAAGGCGGAAGUGUCUCGACUCAUCAAGGAGGAACUCAUCAAACUGCAGGCGUCUGGCGCUCACACCGCGUCGCGAGGUCGAUACAAAGUUUUAUAAAAUUUUGGAAUCAUUUUAACGAGGUAUGGCGUGAUAUAUAUGCGGAUUCAUACAUGUCACAUACGAAUAUGUAUAUGAUAAAAGUUUAGAAAUUUAUUAUACAUGCAAAUGUUUGUCUUUAACAUUACAAUAACAAAAUAUACUUAACGACUGAGAGCAUUAUUUAUAUCAUUGGCACAAACCACCGCAGGCAAUCCAAGUUUUCGCACAUUUAUAAAUAAAAUGCGAGCACUUA